UACUGAAUGUGUUAAAUUGCUUAUUUGAUUAUUAAUCAUUAUUAAUUAUUUUUUCCGAUCGUCUCUUUUCCUCUUUGUGAGCUGGUGAAGAGAUCAGGCUGAUCAAUGGCACUAGUCGCUGCUCGGGGACAGUAGAGAUUCUUUACAAGGGCCAGUGGGGACGAGUGUGUGGCCAGAUGUGGGACGUAAACGAUGCCAAUGUGGUGUGUGGCCAGCUGGGCUGUGGGAGAGCUGUGAGUGUCCAAGGUAGUGCCCACGUAGGUCAGGGCAGUGGUGGCAGGCCCACUUGGCUGGAUGAUGUUGGGUGUAAAGGCACUGAGAGCUCCCUCACAGAAUGCUCACAUGGAGGAUUGAAACACCAUGACUGUUUACAGGCUCAAGAUGCCAGAGUUGUCUGCUCAGUUAAACCUAAUAUCAGACUGGUCAAUGGGAGUGACCUCUGCUCUGGGAGGGUGGAGGUCUAUCAAACUGGUCAGUGGCGAACCGUGUGCGACGAUGUGUGGGACUUGAAUGAUACUGCUGUGGUUUGCAGACAGCUUGGCUGUGGGAGAGCUGAUAGUGCCCCAGAGAGUGCCUACUUUGGUCAGGGCAGUGGGCCCAUCUGGCAGGAUGAUGUUGGCUGCUCUGGCACGGAGUGCUCCAUCACACAGUGCUCACACACAAGAGGAGGAACACAUAACUGUGAGCAUGGUAACGACGCAGGUGUUAUUUGUUCAGGUGUUGUCUUGCAGAAGCCUUCACUCUCCACAGACCUGUCCUAUUCUGCCUUCUUGCAUGGAGAGGAGGUCCAACUCACCUGCACUCUUCCAUCCCGUAUCCUCUGUAAUGCUGUGGAAUUCAUCUUCUAUCUGAAUGGAGACUCGGUUAUGAAUGUGACCGUUGGAUCCUCACAGCCCAGGGCUACUUUAACAAAGUUUAAGAUGGACGAUUCACACCAGGGCAGUUACAGCUGUCUCUACAGAACCCUCUCCAACAGCCAAGAGAUCAGCUCCCCUUACAGCAACGUUACUAAAGGUGAGGUGGUAGUUGGGAACAGGUGUUGCUUAAUCUACAGUGAGCUCCAAAAAUAUUGGGACAGUGACAAACAUGUUGUUUUGGCUCUGUACUCCAGCACUUUAGAUUUGAAAUGAUACAAUGACUGAGGUCAAAGUGCAGACUGUCAGCUUUGAUUCAAUCAAGAUCUC